AUGGCAGAUAACCCCCACAACAACUCAGAGUUGCCUCCUUUCAUCCUGACAGGGCUCCCAGGGAUGCAAACUUUGCAACACUGGAUGUUUCUGCUCCUUGGUACCCUCUAUGUUGUAUCCAUUGUGGGCAAUGUUCUUAUUCUUUUCAUUAUCAAGGAGGAGCAGAGCUUACAUCAGCCUAUGUAUUACUUCCUCUCUCUGUUGUCUGUCAAUGACCUGGGUGUGUCUUUUUCCACACUGCCCACAGUGCUGGCCACAUUUUGCUUUCAUUUACAGAAGAUCAGCUUUGAUUCCUGCAUGGCUCAAAUGUUUUUUAUCCAUUUCUUCUCCUUCACGGAGUCUGGGAUCCUGCUGGUUAUGAGCUUUGACCGUUAUGUGGCCAUCUGUAACCCACUGCGCUAUGCAACAGUGCUCACUGAUGUCCGUGUAGCAUGCAUGGGCAUCUGUGUUAUCAUCCGUAGUGUCUGCAUGGUUUUUCCACUGCCUUUACUUCUGAAGAGGUUGUCUUUCUGCAAAGCCAAUGUACUCUCUCAUGCCUACUGCCUGCAUCCAGAUCUGAUCCGCCUGCCCUGUGGCGACAUCACCAUCAAUAAUAUUUUUGGUCUGUUCAUUGUCAUCUCUACCUUUGGCCUGGACUCUGCAUUCAUUCUCCUCAGCUAUGUGCUCAUACUACGCUCUGUACUUGCCAUUGCAUCUCGGGAGGAACGGCUAAAGACACUCAAUACGUGUGUGUCACACAUGUCUGCUGUGCUCAUCUUCUAUGUGCCCAUGGUUGGUGUGUCCAUGGUGGCUCGCUAUGGAAGGCAUGCACCACAGUAUGUGCACACACUUAUGUCCCUUAUUUAUCUCUUUGUGCCUCCAAUGCUCAACCCUGUCAUCUAUUCCAUCAAAACCAAAGAGAUUCGUCGGAAGCUUUGCAAAAUAUUACUGAGAACUAAGUAUUAA